AUGGAAUAUCAAGGAUAAGAUUAAGCGAAUGGGGAUGGCUAAAUGAUAGACUACUAGGAUUAUAAUUAAUAAAAUCAGCAGUAGAUAUAAGAAUACGAUUUUGAAUUAGAUAUACCCUCAAAAUACGAGCCUAAUAUGCUUAUAGAUUAUAUGGAUAAUACUGUAAAUCACUACUUACUUUACAAGAAGAUUGAAUAGGAACCUUAAUAUUACUUAAAUUUCGGGUUUGAUUUAAAGGAUUACGCUGCAUUUUUGAUAAAACAAACUUAUAUGAGAACUGAAAGAAAAGUAAUUGAGGAGAAGAUCAGAAAAAUAAAAGGGGAGGAUUAGCAAAAAGCAUCAAAUACUAACGAAGAAUAAAGUUGA